CGGCGACACAAAGACAGGGACUAAUAUGAUGCUUAACCCUUCAUUUUUUGGCGUAAAAAAUACAAGUAGAUAUUUGAAUCCACACACACUUUCCCUCGCUAGUGCCAAGUUCAGCUAGGGUUUACAUCAACCACUCAGAUUUUGCUUCUGCAUCGUUGUUGUUGUUGCUUGAAAAUGGAUCCACAAACGUGUGAGCAAUCCGCAAACGAAUACGAUUCUUCAGAUUUCAAGUCUGAGAAGAUUCUCCAAGCUGUUGAUAAACCAAUCAUGUGCCCCACUCCUGAGAAGAAGAUCGAACCCUUACCAGUCAAAUCCAAGGAUGAACAAACACAGCUUCCAGAAAAAUACAGGACCAUUGCUGAUUUGUUUAGACAUUUGAGUUGUUCACUUAGAUUGCUGCAUCUGCACAAAAAGCCUCAAACUUUUCAAAAUAUUUGCAAACAGGUCGAAGUUCUUGCGGAAAGAAAAUUCUCCUAUGCUCAUCUUGCACGGAUGAAGUAUAUACUUCCUGAAGGCAUACUCGUAGAUAAGGUGCUUGUUCAUGAUAAGAAGAGCUUGUGUAUGAAGCCAGAUAUUAAGAUUACCUUGGUAUUUGAUGUUGUUGAAGAACACUGCGAACUGUCUGCUGAUAUGGCUCUUCGACGAUAUUUUAAUUCUAGACUGAUUGAUUAUUUCAAAAUGCACCCUGAGGCUGCUGAUAUUCCAGAGGCCAUACUACCAGAACCCUGUGGCCAAAGAAGUUGUCACUUGAUUUCGGAGGAUUUCCCUGUAAUUUCUUCGACAGCACUUUCCUCAACUUCCAACCAAAUUGAACAGUCCCCUGAGAAGUUCAAUUUGUAUCCAUCUUUUACAAGACAUUUUUCUCAGAAGAUUGUUGCUGACCAGACAGAAAAGGUUCAUGACCUUUCAUCCACUAAAACUUGUCUGUCAUCUGAUGUGUCUGAUUGUCCUGACAUCCCAGAAUGUGAAAGAAAAGGGCAGAAAGAAUGUGCAGCAUUAUCUGAUCAUUUGAAUACAGAAAGAGGGCAGCAGAAGGAAUCAUUUUCAAUAUGUUAUCAACCUAGUGUUACUAAUACACCAGUUCGUAUGUUUGGACAUUCUGUUAGUCACGGAAAUUCUGAAAGCCCUGAGGUGAAAAUGGUCUCUUGCGUUGAUAGUUUUGUGAUAGAGACACCUGCACAAUCAGCACCUGGGAGAUUGUUGCCCGUUUCUGAUGAUAAGCUUCAAAACAUGACUUACCCAAAGUCUACAUCAUGUUCUAAGACUGCAAAAAGAGUGCUUGACUUUUCAGGCAUGGAAGGCAAUGAAGGAUUGGACAAUAGAGUAGACAUCUCAGAAUCUAGCAGCGCUACACAUGAAUUUCAUGGCAUCCCUCAACCAAGCAUAAGUUUUUCUGAGGAUUGCAAUUCUUUUGAUUCUGUUGCUCUGCCUCUGGAGGUAGAGGAGAGCCUUGGUUACUCUUUUGAGAAAACUGACCAAAAUCAAGGUGGUUUAGGGAAUAAAAACAUAUCAUCAUUGGUGGAUAUGGUUAAUGUGAUUGGAUCUAUAUUUCAAUCUGUUAAAAGAACUCCAAUCACAAAAGAGGAGCUCCUGCAAAAGAUAAUUAUGAACAGUUUGGAUUUUGAUGAGAUUGGAGAAGUUGAAAAACAGAUUGAGAUUCUGGAAAAGUUGGUGCCGGACUGGAUUUGCAAGAAGUUGGUUUCUUCUGGAGAUGUUAUGUACAGCAUCAAGAAAGUGUCAGAUUUGGACUCAGUUCGAUCAAGGCUCUUCAGUAAUGUGACCGUAGGAAUUGAGUAAAAGGUUUUAGUCGAUUGGCGAUGAAAAUAAAUUAUGGUGUUGCAAAUAUUUGUCGACUUAUGCUAUGUUCAAUGUGCUAAUUGUGGGGUUGAAAUUUCCGUACUCAUCAUUGUUUUGAGUCAGUUACAGCAACAGGCUGUGGUGAGUAUGGGUGAGGUUUGGUUGGAUUCAACAAAAAAGAAGUAAAAGAACAGGGUUUCAAUACCAAUCCAACUAUUUUCUCCUUGAACUUUUUAACGCCCUGCAGUUACUUUCACUCGAUUCAAUCAUGCUCUAUGGUGAGGUUAAACUCUGAAGUGUGAGAAGUUCAUGUUCUACAUAUUAUUCAUAUUCCCUAUAUAUUAGAUUUGUUAUCCGUGCA